CCGUCGGAAGUACAAAGAAAGGUGCCGGGGUUGAAAAAUAAAGAUUGAACAGGGAUUUCAGCACUUAAUACAAGCGAUGCUGUAAGGAGAAAUUAGCUGCUUGUCACUCUUAAGGGGUUAGAAGGUUAAAUUAAACAACGUAAACCAUUUGCCUUGUGGGCCUCAAGCGUGGCGGUGAAAGCAGCAAAUUCACUGUGCAGUCUAAGCAGACUUGAGUGAAGGAGGAUCUUUGCAUUUUUAAGAUCAAAGAAUGAGCAUGGAGGACUUGAAUAUCAACAAAACAGUUGUUAAUGCCACUUUUAUAUCGGAUUCAUCUGAGUCUCCAGAGAACUUUCAUCAGUCCCUAGAAGCCAAAGUGCUCCAAGCCACUCUGUGGUCAACUGUGGUAUUUCUGGGAAUUAUUGGCAACAUCUUAGUGUGCGCUGUAAUCCUUGGACUCCCCAAGAUGAAGACAUCUAUGAACUUUUACCUACUGAGCUUGGCCAUCGCAGACUUGGGAGUUUUAACGAUGCUCGUCCCAAUAAAUGUGAUAAGAUACUUCAUCCCAGUUCGUUGGGUGCUAGGAAAAUUUUUUUGUUUGUAUCUAUCUCCUACGCUGGAGAUCUUCUUUGGAGCGUCCAUCUGGUCGAUCACAAUCAUUGCCAUUGAAAGAUAUCGGAAUAUUUGUGGUGCAAACCGCUACAGGAUCAAGAGCAGGUCUCAAAUGAGAACUAAACUGACCAUAUUUGGUGUUUGGCUUGCAUCGUUUUUAGUUGGAAGCGUUCCUGUAUAUCCCGUGAUGGCCUACAAGCCCAACCCACCAACCUGUCACCAAAUAUGGCCCAAUAGAAUGUAUCUGGCUUAUUCUUUAGCUCUUGUUCUGCUUUGGUAUGUUUCCCCUCUUGCUGUCAUCGCAUUUACCUAUCUAAAGAUCAAGAAGCGAAUACGAGAAAGUGUAGUAUUCCGAAACUCGAUGUCGAUUGUGGAUGACGACAAGGCUGUGAUCGUAUCACCGUCUUCACAAAGCAAGAAAAGACAGGACAAGCAAGCUUUGAAUCAAAGCAAUAAAACUAGACGUAUUCUCACGCCUUUGGUUAUUUUGUUCGCUGUGACAAUGCUCCCUUUGAACGUUUACCGCACUGCAAUCCUAUUUGCACCAGAGUUUUCGAAAAAUCCUUAUACUGGCCUGAUCUUUGGCCAAAUCAUAUUGUUCGUUGGAGUCAAUUCAUCUAUUAAUCCAAUAGUGUAUUACAUUGUCAGUAAAGAGUUCAAAGAUGCAUUCAAGAAAAUAUUCCAGAAAUUGAGAGAAAAGGAAUAUUUUUUCAAAACUUUCAGUCUUAGAGGCAGAGAAACAUCCGCCACAUUGGUCAGGGUAAAUAUCGGACUAGAAAAUAAUUGGCCACCAAGCAAAAACCUGGACAGAAACAAUUCUAACUUAGAACUUCUAAAUGCCAAUGUUCAGGUUAUCAGUGGAGUUUGAAAUCAUAUUGGCCCUGUAUGUGACUUUACAUUCCUCAUAUACUCUUAUAUUCCUCUUACUACGAACCGAGUACGAGGUUCCAUAACUUAUAACACUGACCGAGAAAACGAGGUUAGUAAUGUGUUUAUCAGAUUUCUUGGUUCAAAUAGAGUGCGGAGAUUUAAUUCAAACAAACGUUCGAAUUUAGCAGGGUGACCAAUCAUAGUGCAUGUACUAACUGAGAGGUAAAAUGCCUUCGUUGAUUCAGUGGCAUCAUGUAGCCACAAUACUGAGUGGUUAACAUUGGAAAUCUAUAAUAAGCCUUAAUAAUGUACAUAACGUAUCACUAACUGAUAUUGUAUAACUUGUCCUAUUAAUAUAUCUCUUUUUUGUUCAGCCAGUUGAGGUUACUGAACGUGAUGAUGAUAUAGCGUUGCUUGAAUGCAUGACCGUAGCACGUGAAACAGUAACGCUAAAGCUCGGUAAUUUUAAGAGUGCUAACGACACAACAUAUCAUUAAAAACAAGGAUUAUUGCAAUCGUCUGUGCUAUAAAAGUUAUGUUAUCAUGUACUGAACAGGGUUAACCUGAAAAGAUUAUAAGGAAAGUUUAACAGCUGGGGUUAUCUCCUGCAUCAAGAAAGCAGUUGUAGAUUGGAUCAGAGAAAUUUUUCUAUCCAAGUGAGUUGAAUAAGUGGGAAACUGACGUAGAUGGGAUGGGUGCCAUCUGUGUACACUAAAUUGCAAAAACGUUGACAUCUAAAAAGCAUGAUCCAUGGACGAUGAGACCCAACGGCCUUAUGGGUAAUGUUCGAGCAAAUACAUAAUCAGUGAUUCACUUUUCUUACUAUUCAUUAAGAACCUUCCAGGGAAGCGAGGAUAGCUUCUAUCAUUCACCGCGUAUUGAUGGAGGUUAUCGUGUUACCAUGUGUACCAAAAGAGCCAUAAGGUCUCUUUGUUCAUUGUUAAUUGUAAACGCAUUUGUAAGUGUCAUCGUUUUUGCAAUCGAUUGCAUAUAGAUGCCAGCCACCUAACCAAUAUUUUAAAUGAAAUCCCAGUUUUCUUGAAUUAUUUUUGUGAUGUUACGGGCGAUAUAACACUACUAUAGGCGGCAACUUUUCUUUGAGUCAGUGACAGUCCAGGACGAUCUGUCAGGCAGUGUGUAGCACUGCUGAAUAUGUGUUAUCAGCCAAAACUCAUACACCUUACGAAACAAAAUAAAUAUGUACGACUUAAACAUA